AUGCCUAGCAACACCAGCAUGACCCCGUCUCCAAAACAAAGGAACCGCUUUAUCUCUACCAUCCGUCGCACCCUCAAGACUCGCACCCUGUCUGCUAGUCCCACCACUCCACCAUCUGGAAAACCGACGCUUGACUCUCGAGACUCGCACUCCUCGUCUCCCACCAGUUCAGGCUCCAGUGAUUUAUCUACCCCCUCUCCAAGCACACGCUCGCCUCAGCCCACCGCACAACAACGACGAUAUGCAGCAGUCUUCUCGAAAAUCACCUUCAGCACGGCCGAAUUCAUCGAGGACCGAUACAUCUAUUCCCACAGCCCCGAGAAGACCGAAGCCCCACUCACUCCGGCACCAGAAGAGCUUGUUCCUGGCCCCUCUUUCUUCGCGAUCCCCUCGACUCGCCAACCGUCUGUCAUAGACCAGCCCGAUAUCCGCCUCGACCAGACCUCCAACCCCACCGAGCAUCGCAUCAGCUUCCUAGGACUGUCCGGCCUCCCCUCUUCAACCGCCCCACUCCGCUCGUGCUUCCAAGAAGUCUUUGAUCUGAUUGACGCCGGCUUGGCGGGUGAUCCAUUUGAUCUUAUCGGGGCCGACAUCUCAGAUGACUCCUUUGAUCUCCCUGGCACCGAAAGGUCCGACGAGUCCUUUGAUUUUCCUGGGGAUAGUACCUUGGAUGAUUCUCUGGAUCUUACUGGAGCCGGCUCAUUGGAACAAUCCUUUCAUCAUCCUGAAGCCAGUCGGUCCAAGGAAGCCAUUGUUCCACCAGUAGCCAGCACACCGCAAGAGUCUCCCGACCUUCAUUUACCCAGCGUGCCGGAGGAACCCUUAGAUCUCCUUAGAGUCGGCAGCACGGAAGAGUGCCUCGAUUUUCAUGCACCUGCAAGAACGGACGAGCAUGAUGCUUCACCGGAGCCCAAGCUUCCUGAAGAAACCUCUGUCGACGACUCAAUCCAAUGCUUCUUGCACUCCUUGUCGGCCUCACUGCGCAAUGAUCCCACCGAAUUCUCCCCCCGAAUCUCCGAGUGGGAUCAAGAAUCAGCGAAUGACUUUGCCUGGCUCCAUUUGGACGACGAGCCUGAACUCGAUGCACAUAAUCCGCUUUCCGAGUACACCCUCACUCACUCCAGGUCUUCCGAAUAUCUUACCCAACUUCCUAGGUUUUUGAAACGCUCAACGGCUCGAGCCAAAAGACUACCUCCUAAGCAACAAAUUUAA